AUGCUUCAGCUCAUCAACAACCAAGACAGCGACUUCCCGGGCCUGUUCGACCCACCCUAUGCUGGCGGUGGGGCAGGGGGCACAGACCCUGCCAGUCCUGAUGCCAGCUCCCCGGGCAGCUUGUCUCCAUCUCCUGCCACCAUGAGCUCCCCACUCGAAGGCUUCCUGGGGGGACCCAAGGCGACCCCUCCACCCUUGUCCCCUCCCCAGCCUGCACCCACCUCAUUGAAGAUGUACCCGUCUGUGCCUGCCUUCUCCCCUGGGCCUGGUAUCAAGGAGGAGCCAUUGCCGCUGACUAUCCUGCAGCCCCCAACCCCGCAGCCCCUGCCGGGGUCCCUCUUGCCCCAGAGCUUUCCGGCCCCAGCCCCACCGCAGUUCAGCUCUGCCCCUGUGUUGGGCUAUCCCAGCCCCACUGGAGGCUUCUCCACAGGGACCCCUCCAGGGAACACCCCGCAGCCGCUGCCUGGCCUGCCACUGGCUUCCCUGCCAGGGGUCCCGCCCGUCUCCUUGUACACCCAGGUUCAGAAUGCGGCCCCCCAGCAGCUGUUGACAGCCACGGCCACCCCCACAGCAGCCCCUGGAACAACCACCGUGACCUCGCAGAUCCAGCAGGUCCCGGUCCUGCUGCAGCCCCACUUCAUCAAGGCGGACUCUCUGCUUCUGACGACCAUGAAAACAGACGUGGCGGCCACCGUGAAGACGGCGGGUAUCAGCUCCCUGGCCCCUGGCGCGGCUGUACAGACAGGGCCCUUGCAGACCCUGGUGAGCGGAGGAACCAUCCUGGCCACAGUGCCGCUGGUAGUGGACGCCGAGAAGCUGCCCAUCAACCGGCUGGCAGCCGGCGGCAAGGCCCCGGGCUCGGCCCAGAGCCGUGGCGAGAAGCGCACAGCCCACAACGCGAUUGAGAAACGCUACCGCUCCUCCAUCAACGACAAAAUCGUCGAGCUCAAGGACCUGGUGGUGGGCACUGAGGCGAAGCUGAAUAAGUCUGCUGUCUUGCGCAAGGCCAUCGAUUAUAUCCGCUUCCUGCAACAGAGCAACCAGAAGCUCAAGCAGGAGAACCUGAGUCUCCGCACGGCUGCCCACAAAAGCAAAUCUCUGAAGGACCUGGUAUCAGCCUGUGGCAGUGGAGGAAACACAGACGUGCCCAUGGAGGGCAUGAAGCCCGAGGUUGUGGACACGCUGAGCCCGCCACCCUCCGACGCCGGCUCGCCCUCUCAGAGCAGCCCCUUGUCCCUUGGCGGCAGGAGUAGUGGCAGUGGUGGCAGUGGCAGUGACUCAGAGCCCGACAGCCCAGUCUUUGAGGACAGCCAGGUGAAGCCGGAGCAGCUGCUGUCCCCUCACGGCCGGGGCAUGCUGGACCGUUCCCGCCUGGCCUUGUGCACACUCGUCUUCCUCUGUCUCUCCUGUAACCCCUUGGCCUCCCUGCUGGCCAGCCGGGGUCUCCCCACCCCCUCGGAUGCCAGCAGCACCUACUACCAUCCUGGGCGCAGCGUGCUGGGCACUGAGGGCAGAGAUGGCCCUGGCUGGGCCCCCUGGCUGCUGCCCCCACUGGUCUGGCUGACCAAUGGGUUGCUGGUGCUGGUCUUCUUGGCGCUCCUCUUUGUCUACGGCGAGCCGGUCACACGGCCCCACUCAGGCCCCGCCGUGCACUUCUGGAGGCAUCGCAAGCAGGCUGACCUGGAUCUGGCCCGGGGGGACUUUGCCCAGGCCGCCCAGCAGCUGUGGCUGGCCCUGCGGGCGCUGGGCCGGCCACUGCCCACCUCCCACCUGGACCUGGCCUGUAGCCUGCUCUGGAACCUCAUCCGCCACCUGCUGCAACGGCUGUGGGUGGGCCGUUGGCUGGCAGGCCGGGCAGGGGGCCUUCAGAGGGACUGCGCCCUGCAGGCGGAUGCCCGCACCAGCGCCCGAGACGCAGCGCUCGCCUACCACAAGCUGCACCAGCUGCACACCAUGGGGAAGUACACGGGCGGGCACCUGGCUGCCGUCAACCUGGCACUGAGUGCCCUGAACCUGGCGGAAUGCGCGGGGGAUGCCGUAUCCCUGGCCACACUGGCUGAGAUCUAUGUGGCCGUCGCGCUGAGGGUCAAGACCAGUCUCCCGAGGGCCUUGCAUUUUCUGACACGCUUCUUCCUGAGUAGUGCCCGCCAGGCCUGCCUGGCCCAGAGUGGCUCGGUGCCUCUUGCCAUGCAGUGGCUGUGCCACCCUGUGGGCCACCGUUUCUUCGUGGAUGGGGACUGGGCCGUGUGCAGUGCCCCGAGGGAGAGUCUGUACAGCUUGGCCGGCAACCCAGUGGACCCCUUGGCCCAGGUGACUCAGCUCUUCCGCGAACACCUCUUGGAGCGAGCACUGAAUUGUAUGGCUCAACCCAGUCCCAGCCCUGGAUCAGCUGAUGGGGACAGGGAAUUCUCAGACGCCCUUGGGUACCUGCAGCUGCUGAACAGCUGUUCUGAUGCUGCCGGGGCCCCAGCCUGCAGCUUCUCCAUCAGCUCCAGCAUGGCCACCGCCACCGGCACAGACCCCGUGGCCAAGUGGUGGGCCUCACUGACGGCCGUGGUGACCCACUGGCUGAGGCGCGACGAGGAGGCGGCCGAGCGGCUGUACCCGCUGGUGGAACACCUGCCCCGCGCCCUGCAGGAGUCCGAGAGACCCCUGCCCAGGGCGGCUCUGCACUCCUUCAAGGCUGCCCGGGCCGUCCUGGGCCGCAGGAAGGCAGAGUCUGGUCCGGCCAGCCUGGCCAUCUGUGAGAAGGCCAGCGGGUACCUGCAGGACAGCCUGGCCACCACACCAGCUGGCGGCUCCAUUGACAAGGCCAUGCAGCUGCUCCUGUGUGACUUGCUCCUUUGCCUCCUUGAUCCUCCUGAGGAUUCAGGUCAGCAGGUUUGCACGACCUCGGCCGGUCAUGGAUGCAACGGGGACAGACUGUCCUUUGUGCACUCGGGGCUGCCUGGGGGUGCAAAUGUGUGCUGGCUCUUCCUGGAAGAGGAUGGGCCCAUGGCUGCAGCCCCAGCAUACCUGGGCAUGGGCCCUCGAGACAGACCAGGAAACUGA